UUGACAGAAAUAGUUAAUCAGAAAUGUUUUUGAAUAAAAAAGUGUAAAUAAAGCAAAACCGCAUGGAUGUGAAGUUUCAAAAAUCAGAAUAAAACUUUUUCCUGAAUUUACUAAAAACUAUCACGAAUUGAAAGUUAAAGAACCUGUGCUGAUCCUUGAAUUUGUGAACUUUCGAUUUAUGACAAGAGAGUGAAAAUUAUGGAUUCUAAUUUUAAUGAGCCCUCCAACUUUAUGUUAAAUCUAACGUCUGGCCCUCCUAAAAAGCGAAAGAAAAAGAUUGAUCAACAAUAUUCUAAAGAUGUUCCUCUUCCUCAGUCAUCCAAUAUCCAACAAUUGUUUCCUAAGAAAAACACAGAAAUGUCACCUCAACCUCCUAAGAAAAAUUUUCAAACCUUCAAACAGAAAACAGUUCAUCCUGAAAAAGGAUCAGAUUCAACAAAUGUUAAACAAAGAGCAGUUCCUCAUGGAAAGGCAUUUUCAUCUUUAUUUAAGAGUAAUCCAGAAGUACAUCCUUUAGUUGUAAGAAAACAGAGUUCAUUGUCUGAGCCAUUAUUUUCUGCUAAGACUUUUGAAGAAAUGAAUCUUCAUCCACAUCUGAUUUCUUGUUUGAAGAGUAGAAUGGAUAUUGUUAGAAUGACAAAAGUGCAAGAAAACACAAUUCCAGUUUUAUUAGAAGGGGAUGAUGCUCUUGUAAAAUCAUGUACUGGAUCUGGUAAAACAUUGGCAUAUGCCAUUCCAAUAAUUCAAAAGUUCCAAGAAAUGGAACCCAAAAUAAAGCGCUCUGAUGGUGUACAUGCUUUGGUUAUAACACCUACUCGAGAGCUUGCAAUUCAGUCUUAUGAAACUUUUUCCACCUUAACAAAAGCAUUUACUUGGAUUGUACCUGGGUACUUAAUUGGCGGUGAGAAAAAGAAAUCUGAAAAAGCAAGAUUGAGGAAAGGUAUUAAUAUUCUUAUAUGCACGCCUGGACGUCUUCUAGACCAUUUAGAUAAAACUUCAUGUUUAUCAUUAGAAAAAAUAUCUUGGCUUGUUAUAGAUGAAGCUGAUAAAUUAUUAGAAGAAGGCUUUAAAGACUCAGUGAGAAGAAUAUUGUCAAAAUGUAAUAAAGAACGAAAUUCUGUGUUACUGUCUGCCACUUUAACGAAAGAAGUUGAAAAUUUGGCUGAUAUGAGUCUUUCGGAUCCAAAGCGCAUUGAUGUUGCUUCUGGAAUGAAUCCUACUCAUUUUGAAGACUUUGCAAUCCCAUCAAAUUUGAAACAAUUCCUUGUUGUAGUACCAUCAAAGUUACGUUUAGCAUCAUUAUCUGGUUUUAUCAUUGACAACUGCAUGAAGAGCAGUAUGAAAGCUCUUAUUUUCAUGUCUUCUCAAAACACUGUUGAUUUUCAUUAUAAUCUCUUUACUGGUGUUCUUGCACCUUUGUUAUUGAACAAAGGACAUAAAUGUAAAUUUUUUAGGCUUCAGGGAAGCAUGAAACAAGAGGAAAGGACAGAGAUAUUCAAUAUAUUCAAGAAAGAAAAGGAAGGUGUUUUACUUUGCACGGAUGUUGCAGCUAGAGGACUUGAUUUACCUUACAUAGACUGGAUUGUACAGUAUUCAGCUCCUUCAUCUCCUGAAAUUUAUGUUCAUCGUAUUGGUCGUACAGCUCGAAUUGGGAAACGGGGAAACUCUUUGUUGUUUUUACUACCAUCUGAAGCUAAAUUUUCACAUCUCCUUGCAGAACAUAGAAUUAAUUUUGAAGAAGUUACAACUGACAAGUUCUUGCAACCACUGUUGUUGAUAUCAGAUUUGUUUAAUUUCAGGUCUAAGGUUACUGCAGAGGACUGUGCCACUGCAUUGCAGACAAGAUAUGAAAAAGAAGUUCAUGAGGAAAAAGAGUUGCAUGCCUGUGCAAAAGAUGCUUUUGCAAGCUAUAUUCAGUCUUAUGCAUCAUAUCCAAAAGGACUUCGACAUGUUUUGCCAUUUAAAGCUCUUCAUUUAGGACAUGUGGCAAAGAGUUUUUGUUUAAGGGAGGCUCCUUCUAAUUUACGUGGAUCAGUGCCUCCAAAGAAACAUAAUGGGAAACGCUCAGGUUUUGACAGAAGUUCUGAGAAAUCAAAACCCAUGAAAAGGAAGUUUCAGGCUACUGUUUCUGAAUUUGAUAGUGGUUUAUCAUUUAUUUCUUCUGGUUCAGGACAACAAAAAAAGAAAAGGAAAAAGAAUUAGUUUUAAGCUAUAUUAACCAAUAUGUAUAUAAACUUUAAUUUUUAAAAUAUGUUUAUAACUUAUUUUGUUG